AACAUUUGGCGCGGAAAUGGUGUGCCGUUGAUUAGGGCUUCCUUGGGAUUUAAACUGGUGACUUAAUUCAAUUUCGUGCUGUGUGGUAGAAAUGCUUUCUCACGAGGACGAGGACUCUGGAGAUGAGAAGUCAUCGUCAUUACCAUUGGCGCUGGAGGAGACAUCACCUGUGGUGGUUUUUGCUCAUGGUGCCGGUGCUCCUUCCUCUUCCGAAUGGAUGAUCAGAUGGAAGAAAAUGCUAGGCAAGGCCUUGAAUGCUGCUGAAGUAGUUACCUUUGACUAUCCUUACAUAUCUGGUGGUAAACGGAAGGCUCCUCCCAAGGCAGAAAGGUUGGUCGAGUUUCACUCGGAUAUUGUUAAAAAGACUGUUGCUAAGUACCCUGGGCAUCCGCUGAUUUUGGCAGGGAAAUCCAUGGGCUCAAGAGUCAGCUGCAUGGUAGCUUGCAAGGAAGAUAUUUGUGCUUCAGCUGUUGUUUGUUUGGGGUACCCACUGAAGGGGAUGAAUGGAGUAGUGCGAGAUGAGACACUAUUGCGAGUUACAGUUCCAAUAAUGUUUGUACAGGGUGGCAAAGACACGUUGUGUCCACUGGAAAAGCUGGAAGCUGUUUGCAAGAAGAUGAAAUCUAUAAUUGGUUUGCAUGUGAUUGAUGGUGGUGACCAUUCCUUCAAGAUUGCAAAGAAGCACCUUCAAACCAAGGGGUCAACCCAAGAUGAAGCUGAAGAUCUUGCUGUUCAGGCCAUUGCAGCGUUUGUGUCUAGGUCAAUUGGAGCAAAGUAAGACUUAAGUUGCAAAAGAUCUUUUUCAUUUGAAAGAAAUGCAACUAGUGCAUACCUGUGUUAUUUUGUCUAUGUUUCGUGCUGUCAGUGUUUUUUCUUCAUGUCUUGUAGUACUGACUGUUUAUAUUUCGUGUAAGUAUUGCUCUGUUUUAAUCUGCCUUUUCAUUCUA